AUGCAGCUUAAAACAAUUGCUGCUUCACUUGGCUUAUUUGCCCUGCACGCUAGAGCUCUCCGUCAUUGUAAGGUCGUACUAAUGGCCAGAGAUCUAAGUACUGCCAAAGAUUGGUAUCAAACCCAACCGGGAACAUUUGUUUUGCCUGGCGAGGGCGACUACAUUCACACUGCAGCUUAUAAGCUUAAAUUUAAGACAAGCGACGAUUGCCGCACUGUUACAAUUGAAAGUAUCACAGGGAGAGUAGAGCAUUUAUUUUGGAAACUUGAGAUUUCUACGAUACUCCACGGAGUAACGGGUUAA